UCUGCCAGCCUUUUAAACCAGAGUUUACUGGGUCAGUGACAUUAUUCCUUUCAUUCUAGUAUGAUCUUGUGCUCAGCCUCCUGGAGAAACACUGCUACCGUAUGUUUAAUCUGGAUGAAUGUAGAUUCCUGCACUUUCAAACUACUUUAACGCUCAUGCCCUCUUAAUAUUUACUCAGUCCAGCAGUAAAAAAGGCCAAUAACAAAGGAUUCCUACACAGCAAGUGUUUGUGUGUGUGUACAGAUCAAAGGUGCCUGAAUUUCAUAUUGAGAGCUGAUCUGUUGAGGGAGAAGUCUUACUGGAUUAACAUUCUUUACAAGAACUCUGAGAACACAUGCAUCAUUUUGUCAGGCUUGACCAAUGAAUUUUAUAAAAACCCAAGGAUACUUCGAAAAGCCCCUGCCCAAAUUUCAAUCAAGGGGUGGAUCUUAACAGAAAACAUGUUGUACAUCGUUACUUGUGACUAAUAUUUUGGUCCUUCAUUUUAUGGUGAAACUCUGCUGGAGGACGAAGAGAAGACUUUUUUUGUUAAGCACAUUUUGCUGGUGCAAAAGAGUUGGCAUCCCCUCAUAAUAUGAAGCCCUUUGAGAAAAGCUGGUGGUUUCUACUUCUGCCUGUUGUACUAAGAGUUGUAGGUUCCUCCUUUAUUAGUGUCAACCCUGGGGUGAAAGUGAUGAAGGGACAAUCUGUCUUCCUGUCAGAAGAUGACCUCAAAUUUUCCAUCCCCAGAGAGAAGGAUGUCUGCAAAGUAGAAGUUGUGAUUAAUGAGCCAAUAACACAAAGGGUUGGGAAACUAACUCCGCAGGUUUUUGACUGUCACUUCCUUCCUAAUGAAGUCAAAUAUACCCACAAUGGCUGUCCAAUUUUAGAUGAAGACACAGUCAUGCUUAGGCUGUACAGGUUCACAGAAACUGAAACAUUUGUAGAAACAUUCACCCUCCAUGUGCAGUUACUUGAGCCAGACUGUAACAUCAUUAAAAUGCGCUCCCGUGCCCUGGAGGUUCCUGAGUACUAUGGUCUGUCCAGGGUGAUUGACAAGAACGUCCUCGCUUUUGACUAUGACAGGAAGAUAAAUCUGGAUUGCACCAUUUCUAUAGCUUCUUCAGAAAGCCACUUGCCUGCUUAUGGCCAGCUCAUCACCGGGGAAGUGCAGCGAAAGCAGCUUCGUGGAGAUCAACCACAGAGCUUCUUCCCUGGCCCUACGGACAGCCUGGGCCAGCAGUGCAGAAAUGGGAGCUGCCUGCUGGGACAGGGAGUCAUUCACAACAAAAAAAUGAGCUGCGAAGAAUUUCUGAGGCUGGGGAUUCGAUAUCAGCACCUUGACCCUCCAUCACCUGACACUGAUUAUAUUCCUGUAAGGCUGGAUCUCACAGACAGAAGAAGCAAAACACUGCACAAGACUGAGUAUGCAUGGCUCCCUGUUCAGAUUAAAGGUGCUAUUCCCAAUCAAAUACCCAAAGCUGCCCCGAUGGCAAAGUUCAUGCUGGAAGUAGAUCAAUUUAUUUUAACCCCCAUUACAACCUCAAUCAUUGAUGCUGAAGACAAUGAAACUCCAAAGUCCCUGCUUGUAUUCAACAUUACCAAGCCCCCUCCACGGGGCUUCAUCACUCAUCUGUCCGACCAUACAAAAGCUGUUGGCUCCUUCACCUGGAAAGAUCUCAGUGACAUGCUCAUUGCUUAUCAGCCUCCAAAUAGCAGCCACACAGAGAGGAGGAAUUAUGAGAUGGAGUUUGAGGUUCAUGAUUUCUACUUUGAAAGGAGUUUAGCAAUCACUGUGCGUCUUUCUAUCAGAACAGCAGAUACAAAUGCUCCUCGGGUUUCAUGGAACACAGGGCUCAACCUCCUGGAAGGGCAAUCCCGACCAAUCACAUGGCAACACUUCCAAGUUGUAGACAAUGACGACAUCCAAAAUGUUCGCUUGGUCACAGUUGAUGGCUUACAGCAUGGGAGGCUCACAGUGAGAGGAGGGAAAGGUUUCAUGUUCACAGUCUCUGACAUUCAGGCUGGAGUUGUUCACUACCAUCAUGAUGACAGUGAUUCUACUAAGGACUUUGUGGUAUUUAGGAUUUUCGAUGGCUCCCACAGUAUUCGACAUAAAUUUCCAAUCAAUAUCCUCCCUAAAGAUGACAGCUCUCCAUUUCUUAUCAGCAAUGUGGUCAUUGAAGUUCAUGAGGGACAGACGAUCCUGAUUCAGGGGUCCAUGCUUCAUGCUGCUGACAUGGAUUCCAGUGAUGAUUACAUACUAUUCAAUAUUACCAAGCCACCUCAGGCUGGAGAAAUCAUGAAGAAACCAGAACCAAACUUAAUAGGGUAUUCUGUCAGCAGUUUUCUUCAGAGGGAUCUAUUUAAUGGAAUAAUUUAUUAUCAUCAUUUGGGAGGAGAAAUAUUUGAAGAUUCCCUUGAGUUUGUGCUGUGUGAUAGCCAUGACCCUCCCAAUCUCUCAGAGCCACAGGUGAUGAUGGUUCACAUAAUCCCUGUGGAUGAUCAGCUACCCAGAGAAGCCCCAGGAGUGACCCGUCACCUGGUUCUUAAGGAGACUGAGAUUGCUCACCUAACUAAGAAACAUCUCCACUUCAUAGAUGUGGAAGAGCAAGACAGGGAACUCACAUACACCAUAACCACUUCCCCGUUUUUCUCCUGUACACAUGGCCACUCAGACGCUGGGAAGCUGUUUAUGGCGGACACCAUCCUGAAGCUGGUCAAGGAUCCUGCUGCUCUUGCACUGCAGUCAUUUACUCAGCAUGCUGUUAACUACAUGAAAGUUGCCUACAUGCCACCGCUGCAGGACAUUGGGCCUGAACCACAGCAAGUCCAGUUUAUUUUUUCUGUCAGCAAUCAGCAUGGUGGCACUUUGUAUGGGAUCUGCUUCAAUAUUACAAUUCUUCCUGUGGACAAUCAAGCCCCAGAGGUUUUUACAAGCCAUUUGAGAGUUGAAGAAGGUGGCCUAAGCCCUGUCACAGAGGGACACAUUCUCGUCUCUGAUGUGGACACAAAACAGGAGCAUCUCCUCCUCCUCCUGCAGAGACAGCCUCAGCACGGGGCAGUGGAGCUGGAUGGCAUUCCCAUGAAUGAAGGUGACAGGCUUUCCUGUGGGGACCUGCGUACACUGGCAGUCAGAUAUCGGCAUGAUGGCUCUGAGACUCUCACUGAUGAUGUCCUCUUUGCAGCCACAGAUGGCAUCCACUUUGUAGAGUUCAUCCUGCAGGUCAAGGUCUUGCCUGUGAAUGACGAGCCACCUGUUAUGCGAACAGGCCUUGUUCCUGUGCUCCACUGCCUGGAGGGUGAAGAAGUGGUCCUCUCCUCUGAGUAUAUUUAUGCCACAGAUGCAGACAGUGAUGACAUGAAACUGACGUUAAUGCUGGCUCGCCAGCCCUACCAUGGAAUAGUGAGGAAAGCUGGCAUUGCUGUGGAUCACUUCUCCCAGGCUGAUGUGAUCUCUGGUUUAGUCACAUAUAAGCAUACUAGUGGGGAGAUUGGCCUGACUCCUUCCGUUGAUAUCUUAACCUUCAUUGUCUCUGAUGACGAGGCUGGUCUAGAUGUGAAAGGCUGCUGUUAUGAAGGACCUCUUCCUCCUCCAGUUCCGCUUCAUGAUCCAUCUCCAGUAUAUGACCUUAACAUCACUAUACUUCCAGUGGACAACCAGCCUCCAUUAAUUGCAGCUGGUGUGAAGUUUGUGGUGGAGGAGGGCUCCUCGGCAGCCAUUACUACCAACCAUUUGUUUGCCAUUGACCCUGACACCACUGCAGAUGACUUAGAGUUUGUCUUGGUUUCUCCUCCCCAGUUUGGUUACAUUGAAAAUAUACUGCCUUCUCCUGGGUUUGAGAAGAGCAACAUUGGUAUAAGUAUAGCUUCGUUUCAGAUGAAGCACCUGAAAGCCCUGAACAUAAACUAUGUACAAGCCAGGCACAUGCGAAUGGAACCAACAGCAGACCACUUUGUACUUUAUGUCACUGACGGGCUGCAUCGCUCAGCAGACACUCCAUUUUUCGUGCUGAUAAACCCAACCAAUGAUGAAGUCCCAGAAUUCAUAGCAAGGAAUAUUACCGUUCAAGAGGGGGAGAUGAAAGAGCUGGAUCUCUCUGUUAUCAAUGCAGUUGAUCUGGAUGUGCCUCAAGACCAUUUGGUAUUUGGCGUUGUGCAGAGGCCCUGGUAUGGGUUCCUUAUUAAUGGAGUUCAUGGCAAUGACAUUCUACACUAUAAGCAGUUAAUUAACCACAACCACCACAGCCAUGGAUUGCUUGUUCAUGACUUUUCCAUGGAGCUACUGAAGAAUGGAAUGAAGCUGAUGUACAUGCAUGACAAUUCAGAAAACCUCACUGACAGCUUUAAAAUCCAGCUCUCAGAUGGGAAACAUAAAGUCCUCAGAACCAUUUCAGUAGAGGUCAUUCCAGUUAAUGAUGAGAAACCAGUGCUAAGCAAGAAGGAUGAUAUAGAGGUGAACAUGGGUGAAACUCGAAUAAUUUCUAGCGCUGUUCUGUCAGCAGAAGAUAAAGAUACCCCCAGGGAGAGAAUUUACUACUUAUUUGAAAGAAUUCCAGAAAAUGGUCAGCUUCAGCUCAAGGUAGGCCAAGGCUGGAUGACUCUCCAAACUGGAAUGAAGUGCACUCAGGAAGAACUGGAUAUGAACCUUGUGAGAUAUGUCCAUACAGGAGCUAUAGGGUCCAAGAACAAAGACAGCUUCACAUUUUUUCUGUGGGAUGGGUACAAUAGAUCCCCAGCUGUGGAAUUCUACAUAAAUAUCAAGGAUAUGGAAAAGGGAGACAUUGCUGUUUUUAUAAAACCCCUUAGAGUGCCAAAAGGGGACUGGGCGUACAUUAAAACUGAUGUCCUUCUUGCACUGGAUGGUACUGACAAGCCAGAGGAGCUACUUUAUGUCAUAACCUCCCCACCCCAGUACGGACAAAUAGAGUAUGUCGGCUAUCCUGGCAUCCCCAUUACGAGCUUCAGUCAAAUGGAUGUAGCAAGACAGAUAGUCUGCUAUGUUCACAACACAAAGGCAGCUGUUCCUGAAGAUUCAUUCAGAUUCAUCAUCAGCAAUGGACUGAGGACUAAGCAUGGGACACUCAUGAUCUCCUUGGAGCCAGCUGACCAAGCUUUGCCAACACUAUCUAGAAACAUGGGGUUAAGAUUAGUGGAAGGUGCUAUGGCUCUCCUUUCUCCUGAUGUCCUGCAGCUUUCAGACCCAGACACUGCCAAAGAAAACCUUACCUUCCUCUUGGCUCAGCUCCCCCAGUACGGUCAUCUCUAUUAUCGAGGGGCUGUGCUACUACAGUACAAUUUCACGCAGCAAGAUGUGGACAACAGGGAUGUUGCAUACAAGCACCGAGGUGGGGAUUCCCAGAUUGACAGAUUUACAUUUGUUGCAACAGAUGGGACUAAUCAAGGCUUCAUCAUGAAUGGGAGGGUGCAGAGUGAGCCGGUGGCAUUCAGCAUUCAGGUGGAUCAUUUGGACAAAAUGGCACCAAAAAUUAUUCAUCUCCAUUGCUUUUCUGAUGUGGAACUGCUGAAGAAUGGCAAUUAUGGAAUCUAUAUUACUGCCAGGUCCCUGAAGGCAUCUGACCCCAAUACAAAAGAUGACAAAAUAGUUUUUAAGAUUUUACGAGGUCCUCGUUAUGGCUACCUGGAAAACAUAACAACAGGUGGAUUUAUUCAGGAAGGUUUUAGCCAAAAGGAUUUAAACAGCAAAAUCAUACUUUAUGUCAUCAAUCCAUCUUGUGAAGUAAAUUCAGACAGUUUGGAGUUUCAAGUCACAGAUGCCAGUGGAAACUCUGCAGUGCCCCAAAGGCUGGAGCUACGGUGGUCUCGGAUUGAAAUGCAACAGACUGAAUAUGAAGUGUGUGAGAGUGUGGGAGUUGUGUCUCUGAAAAUCACCAGGGCAGGACACUCUGCAGAGUCCGCCUUUAUCACAGUGAAGGUCAAUGAAGUAUCUGCUAUGCUGGGAAAGGACUUUACUGUGACUCCCUCCAAGCUUGUUCAGUUUGAUCCAGGAAUGUCAACCAAGACGUGGAAUAUAGCAAUUACCUAUGAUGGAUUAGAGGAAGAUGAUGAAGUCUUUGAAGUAGUUCUGAACUCCCCUGUGAAUGCUGUUCUUGGCACCCGGACAAAAGCUGUAGUGAAAAUUUUGGACUCAAAAGGAGGUCAGUGCAACUAUUCCCAUUCUUCUGGCCAAAGCAAGCACGACUUCUGGGGGAGAGGCAUGCUGUUUCCAGUAUCCUCGGGCUCCUCAUCACCUCCCAGGCCUGGCAGUGGUCCCUUGGAAGGGAUCCCACCGUCUCCUUCCAAAGGGAUGAGAAAGCAUGGAGGGGACCCACGGCAGGGACACAGCUUGGCAAAUCAGUCACGGACCAGGCUGAGAGUGACUGGAAAUGGCAGAAUAAUUCAUCCUUCAUCUGUAUUUAGAAAUGGAACCGAUGUGGUUUUCAAAUAUCAUGGAAUGGUAUCACUCAAAAUAGAGGAUGACACCCCAUCAGCUAAAGCAAACAAGAAGGCUCAAGUGCCAGUAAUUAACCAAGCACAGCCACAGAUAAAUGUUGUCUCCUCUACGAAGACAGAAAUCCCACAAGCUGAUAAGGCAGAACUGGCAUCUGAACCAAGCUCAAGACAUCAGGACUUCUACUCUUUUCCAAAGGCCUGUACACCACAUUUAAAGGGGCUUUUGCAUUAUGAAGAAAGCACUCAAAAGUUAUUUCAGUGUGAUGGGACAAUAUGGAAAUUCUGGAAUUCCCAAAGCAAGGAGGUAAGCACAAAGAAAUGUCCCUCUGGAUGGAGUCAUCACGAGGGCUGCUGUUAUUUCCUGGUAGUGAAUCACAAGGUCACCUGGAACACUGCUGCUCGGGCUUGCAGAGAACAGUACCUGGGGAGUCUAGCAAGUGUGGCUAAUGAACAACACAUGCAGUGGCUGUGGGACUUCAGUGGAAGGAAGCCCUUUUGGAUAGGCUUGAAUGACCAAGUCAGUCCUGGACACUGGGAGUGGAAUGGAGGAGAACCUGUAACCUACAUAAACUGGAGAAGAGGCUCCUACCACUUUACAAAGAGAGGAAGAAAUUGUGUAUUUGUGCAGAAGCGAGGAAAAUGGCAAGCAACUGACUGCAGGAAGGUCAAACGGAACAGCUAUAUAUGUUCAAGAAAGCUGUAAAAAAUGGAGGAUCCCUGUGAAAGCAUGUGGAUAUUCAUGUUGUUUCAGUUUUAUUUAUCUGCAGACAUGUGAGGGUAUGCAGUUAGAAAACUGUCCUAAUUAUCAGCAAGGUUUAUUUUAUAUGCUACCAGACUCUAAUCAAGGAACAAAGGCCAGUGGCAAAGAUUAAGUUCAGGUUAAGGUCGUGAACUCUCACCAAAGACUUUGAUCUGUCACUCAUACGUAUUUUUACAGCAAAAAGCUAGGCCUGAAGGCUUUAGUCAGAUUUCUGUGAAAAAAAAAUUUUGUUUUUUUUAAGAAAGUAUCACAUCAGUUGAUUUUUCAAUUUUAAGGAGGGGUUGUGAAUUGGCUGAUGCUUUAAUUUGUUUACAAUAAAAACUGUAGUUUUACCCUGCAGUCACAAAAAGAGGAAGAGUGCUUGGGGUGGAAAUAAGGGCAGAUUCUCCUAGCUAAAACAGGUUCUCUUGGUGAUGAGGGGAGGGACAUUGGGUCAGGAGACUGGGGCUUCUUUGGUGGAUGCCCUAGUAUAUUACAGGGCAAGAUCUACUGACAAAGUACCAACAGAAGCAAAGCCUUGUAUUUCUUUUUCUACCUCCCAAGGCCAGCUUCAGAUCCUAGUGGAUCUGCUCACACAGAACUACAUGUUGUUUCACAUUCAUAACCAAAAUUGUUCAAUGGUUUUUGGAGUUGCAAGAUGGUCCUGUAAUUUUUAGUGUAAUUAUAUAACAGGACGUCUGGAAAUUUAAUGCUAUAUCAAAGGAUGACUUACACAAAAAUAAAAUUAAUACUGAAGCUUAAUCCUAGAAUAUUAUCUUGGGAUAUUCAGUGAUACAUGAACAUCAAUAGGAUUUAUAUGUGUGUAUAAACCAAUGUAAUCGUGAGACAUGUUUUGUACUAAAGCAGCUAUGGCUUUUGAAAAGUAUUAAUCUAAGUCCUUGUUAGGGAUUUGAGGUUUUUAAAAAUCAUAAUAAAACAUCCAGAUUUAGUUCUCUGAACGGCUUAAAAAUCAGCUUUUAAUAGGAAAAAAAAAGCUGCCCAUAACUUAAUUUUAACCUAUUUUAAAUAUAUGCAGUUUCAGCAUUACCAUUUUGUAAAAUUAUAGUAAAUUUAUAUUUGACCUGCCGAAAAUCUUGCUUUAGGACCUUCUUACUGCCAUCCUUAAAAUUAAAAAAGGAAACAGAUUAUAAGCUUCCUAAAAAAAAAAUUAAAGCUUCUCUCAAACCCUUCCUCUGACCAUGAUGAGUGUGUGACAGUUGGUGUGGCAGCGAGCCGGGUGAGUUUGCCCUGUACUUUACAAACUGUCAUCCCUCCCAUUUACCUGCCUGCUGCAGCAGGUCAUUCUUCCCUUGUCCCCUAUCAGCUUGUCUAUUCAGUCAGCUUCUGGAUCAAUUGCAUCUGUACACUAUUUGCACCAGAGGUGCAAAACCUCCUUCUGGAGUUCCUCACAGCAGUUUCUCAGCCCUGUGAGGAACAGAUGCAUCAGAAUCACCUUUCCUCUCGACUGAGGAAUGCUCUUCCAUGGGCUAUUUAUUCCUCCUCCUUAUUUUUGGCAUGCAUGGGUUAUUCAUCUUUCCUCCUUGCCUGUGGCAUGUUAAAGGAAUAUCCAUGUGAGUAACUGGACAGUCUUUAUAUAUAGGACAGAAUCUUUCUGAAAAGAUCGAUGCAGAUAAGCACAAGUACAUUGCAAAAUUGGAGAACAAUACUCAUGAGGACAGAACCUCAUCACCCUUAUGGUUGGUAUCAACAGAUACAGACAAAAAUAUCUCCAUGAUUUGUAUUUUUGUUUGGUAAUCUUUAUGCCAAGCUUCUAGACACUUUUGCUAGACACUAACACUUUUGCUUAAGAUGCUUUCUAGAUCAACAUAGCUAGGCUUACUGUUUCAAGAAUUCCCCAAGCCAAGUACCUCUGAGUACCAACCUAGCCCUGUUUUUAUUUCUGAGAGUUUUCACUGAAAAAAAAGUUAGGAUCUAAAAAAGCACUCUUGGGAUCCCCUGCUGUUUUGUUCUGGAAUUCCAGGGAAAUUGACUAAGAGUUUGGUUAGACAUAAACUUUUAUUUCUUUAGGGCCUUCUUUUUAUAAAAACUGCUGAGUUUAAUGGUGCUAUCUUGACAGAACCUCUUGAGAUUAUUUCAAUACCUCUCCUAAUUAUUCAAUAAAUUAAUGACAUUAACAGGGAGGAAAUUUUGACCAAGGUGCUUGUUACUUGAUCAGUAACUAAUAAAUGACUCAUGCCUAGUUGGAGACAACAGUGAUCUGAGAGGCUUGCUUUUGUGAGAAGAGAGGAGAAUUUCCCUUUUCUGUAUUUCAUAUUAAUUACUUUAAAGUGACUGAAGAGUAUGAAGAUUUCAAUACACAACAGAUUGCUGGUUGUGCAAACUGCAUGUGUUUACUGGUUUCACUAGCUCUAAUACAAUACAGUAGUGAAGCUGAAAUUCUGACAUUGCAGUGCAAGGAUAUUUCUGCCCUGAAAGGCUGCUGAAUUGUUAUUCAACACAAUGAACUGUUCCAAACAUUUAUUCAUAAAUUUUAAUUUGGCUGUCCUUAAAACCUAAGUAUGUUUUCACAGAUAUUUACUGCUUUUAUUAGAACACUGGAGUCCAAAGAAUACGACAUACUCAAAUCAGGGAAAGCACAAAUAAAUCGUUUUCUCUAUUGCCAUAGGCAGUUGUUUUCUCUAAGAGGCUUAGUAAAGAAAGGGCCUAAAAUCCUGAGAAGUCAUUGGGAAUUUUUCCAUUCUUCAAUAUUUUUGAAUUAUACUCUGAGUAAACUGAGAGAAAAAUCAGUUUUCAGAGGAGCAGCAUCAGCAGGGGAAUUUCAAAAGGCUGAAACUAAGAACAAGGAGCAUAUAAAUUCUGGUGUCCACCUGUGAAUGCCAGACUUUCUGAAUGAACAGAGGAUUUAUUUCACCAGAAGUAUCCAUAUGCCUUUUAAGAGCAACAGAACCAAGAUGCAGCAGCUCAGUGAAAAGAACCCAGUUGUUAGCCUAGAUUUCUAUAAAGGGAUGGGCAACAUGAGCUCUUUGUGUGCCUGUUUCUUUUAACUACCUUCUCUACCUGUAAAGUAUCUUUUAAAUCUGUUGAUCAAUUUCAAACAAAUUUGACAGAGAAGUAGUUUACUCAAAGAUAAUAAUUAUGAAAGAAAUUGAUAGGUGACUGGCCACGGGAGCACUCCUUCCAAACCAAAAUAUUCUGAAACAAAUAUUUGUGUUAUUAUUAAUUUCACAGAGGUCAAGUUUUUAAUCUGGGGAAAAAAAAAAUCAGAAAAGUUUUCCAGAUCUCUUUUGUAUACAGUGAAACCUACUGAAUGCCUUCAAGUCUUUAUUCACUCAUUCUAAAAUGAUAACAACAGCUUUGAGAGACUUAUAUAUAUAAUUCAGUGAUUCUAUAUUAUUUACAUCACAAGACUGGUGCUAUUGUAAUUCUUGUAUUGAGAACACUAUACAUAUUAUUAUGUUUAACUUUGUAAUGUGUGUUAAUACAAAACUGAAACAUUUUGGUGAUUACAUAAUUCUUCAGUUUCAUAAUCUUUCAAAAGCUUUUUUUCUAGUGAUAAAAACCAUAGUGUCAGGCAUAGUAGAAAUGUACUUAUAGUUAAGCAUAAUAUACCUACUGUUUACACUACACAGUCUCUGAAUUCUGUUUAUUCUUAUGCAUGCGCCUGUUCCUGAAUUAAUUAAGCACAUUUGGAUCGUCAGCAAGUCAUUUUUAAAAGAGAACAUGCUGUUUAUUUUGAGAAGUAAAUUUAAGAAAAGUUUCAGGUUGGCAAACAGAUAUACAAGAGGAAGAAUGAAUUAAAGAAAGACUGUCAGUCCAUCAAAUUGAGUUUUAAUAUGGUUAUUAAUUUAAAGGAGAAUGAGAAAUAAAAGGUCAUAUUCUGUCAGUAACCUCAGUCAUCUUCAUGGAACA